CCUCAAGCCCCGCCCUCCCCUCGUAGCCCUACGAGGAAGAUGAGUAGCCCGCAGCCAGGAUUGCUAAAUCAUGGCAGCGUUUAUGGAACGGUUGGCCUUUCUUCAGAAAGUCCCAACUCUGAUGAAGGCUACAGCAGAUGAUGAAAACCCCUGUCCUGGCUACCUUUUCCAAGAGAUUGGAAAAAUCUCCCAUGAGUCUUUAGGUUAUGGUCAGUGUUUAUUGGAGUACCUUCUGGAAAGGCUCCAGGUGCAGUCCUGCCACGUCAAACUGAAGGUGCUGAAGAUCUUUGUCCAUCUUUGCGAUCAUGGCUCAAACCAUUUCCUGACAGAACUUAGAAGGAACUCCACCUUCAUCCAGCAAGCAUCAGUUUACAGCGGCCCUCCUGAUCCUAUCCACGGCACAGCAUUGUACCAGAAAGUGAGAAAUGCAGCCCAGGAAGUGGCCAGGUUGCUUUUCACAGAUACAAUUUCCACAAAAAGCGGCAUCUCCCCGCUCAACCUGGCUCCCCCAAAAAUGGGUAUGGGCUCAGCAACUUCCCACAGGUCAGGAAUGCAAGGCUUUGGAUACAGUCCAGGCAAGCAGGGGACAGCAGGCAGUGACUCACUGCUGGAUAAGAUCCAGAAGGCUGCAGAGGUAGUGGCCAGUGCUGUGCUUCCCCCAACUGAGCACCAGGGCAUCCGUCUCCAUGACAACCAUUACCGGGCCGUAGUUGCGCCGUCUGCGCCCAUAGAGGUGGCCGUGCCCGCGUGUGCCUAUAACCUGCCUGCUCGCAAACCAAAAGCGUUGACCCAGCGGUGCCCAGGGCAGGUAGGAGGCGGAUGGGAAGAGACCGACAGCGGCAACAGCUCCUCGCACAACUCUUCUCAGGAUAUUGCCGCUAACAGCAGGGCCUCUGUGGGCAGCAAGUCAGCUGGUACUGGGAGCCAGUCUGGCGCCAGUAGAGAGAGCAGUGGGGACCUAUCAGAACGGGUGGAAGCUUUGCAGUUGGGGGACUGUGGCCAGGAGAUGGCACUCAUCAGCAGACUGACUGAAGGAUCCAGAGUUUUCCUGUCCAGAGAGGAAAGCCAGCACUUCAUCAAAGAGUGCUCCACUCUCAAUUGUGAGGUUGUGCUGGAGUUGCUCUCAUGCAAGCUUCAAGAUCCCUCAAACACUGUUAAGAUGCGAGCACUGUGUGCUGUUUCCUGCCUCCUGACCUCUGACCUCCUCUCUCUGGAACAAAUGUUUGCAGCUACACAACGAAAGCUCCGCCAGUUGAGUGAGGGGGCUCCAGGACCGGUGGCCAACAAAGCCACCAAGAUCCUGCGACAGUUUGAGGCUCUGAUGGGCGGGUCUCCACACGCUCCCAGACAGGAUACAGCGAACAGCAGCCAUCACGCAACAACUAAUCAGCUUCCUACAACUACAUACUCAGACCCUUUACUACCAACCCACUCUGCUGACAACACCAACCUCAACCACUGUCUGCCUGACAUCUCACCCACAGCUGUCACACAACCACCAGAUCACCCAUCUUCCCCUUCCACUCUGGCCUCGGCGCAGAGAGACUCCCCAGGGGAGCUGAUGAAUGACGCUGAUGAGGAGAAACCUUCUCCCGUUCAGCAAGAGUUAGUUCAAAACCAGGUAGAGCCAGUCAGGACUGCUGAGGCUGAAUUGGUGGCUGAAGACUCCGAGCUUAACGCAGACAGGAGCUCUUCUCCUACCGCUGAGCCCCAGAGGGAGCAGCCCUGUCUGAGCAGACUGUCCCUGUUCAGCGGUAUGGAGCUGGUGACCAAGGGGAGGCCCCUGUGUGAGAGAGCGCCAGACAUGACAGAUGACAGCUUAAGGGAGAAUCCAGCUGUGCAUAACAGUAUCAACGUCUGUAAAACCAGUGACAACGCUCUGUCAAUUAGCAGCCAACCGGUAUCAGCCUUCUCAUUUCUCAACUUUUGACCAACUUUUUACAGCUGGUACUGUCGCACCAAAACCAAUGAUGUCAUUGUGUAUAUCCUUUUCAGAAAUCUAUUUAAUUUUAUAAACCGAGAUCAGAUCUGUAAGGUUAUAACUAUAUAUAUAUACACACGGCAUAUUCACGUCAUGUUAGAAUUGGGUUUCCUGUUCUUAUCUGUAUAGUGCCUCCUUAGAAGUUGUAUUUAAGGAGCAGUUUGGGUCAAGAGUAUGGAUGACUGCCCUCAUCCGUCAUGGUUGUCAUACCUGGUCUGUAAACUGAGUUUGUUGGCUGAGGUGUAAUUUCUGAACAGUAUUUCCCAGGAAUGGUUGUAUUGAAUUACAGGUUAUUAUUGCUUUAUCUCAGGAUUCCUUUUAGCUAACUGAAACAACUCUUAGGCCUCUGCAGCACUUCCUAAACCUCUGAGGGGAGAAUCCCUCAAUCUGUAAUUUGCACUACAGUUGCUUUUCUUAUGGACUCCUAAACCUACAAAUGAGUUGUCUUCCAUAUUUUUUGGUACUAAGCAAUUAUGUAAAUGUAAAUGUUAUGAGUGUUAGUUUACAAAUUAUUUAUUAUGUCUAUCCUAAACAUACCUGUGAGUGGCUGUAGAGUGCAUGUCUACGAUUUAAAGAACAGUUUGGAGAACUAAUGGAAAAGUGAAUUAUUGAGAUUUUCUGUGUGCAUAAGUGAAGUGUGGAACUGUCAAAACAUCUACAGUCAGCAUAACGCAAGAUAUCUGAUUUCAGUCGCUCAUGUCACCAAAUAAAGAGAUUACCUUCAUUAUAUCAUUUCAGUUACAUAUUGGUGUUGAGUACUGUGGAACACAGUACAAAGUACAUGCCCAGAUGGUACUUCAACCUGCUGAUGUGUACAAUAAGCACUACUGAUGUAUUUUGUGUCAGUGAACACGAGCUAUGCUGUUGGACAGGCUGAAGAACAAUAAAACAUGCUGUAUUUUUGCUACAGCACUAACCACUA